AAUUACACCCAAUUGAGGGACCGCCAAAAGCCAGCAAGGUCGGAAAAAAAGCUUCAACAAAGGCGAGCGAAGAGAGAGAGAGAGAGAGAGUAACAACCCAUUUCUUCUGCAGUUGUAGUCUUCAAGGAGAGAGAGAGAAGAGAAAGGUCUGAAGAACACGUAGAGAGAGAGAGAGAGAGAGAGAGAGAGAGCGAUCGAUCUUAGCGGCAACGGAAUAGUGUAUUUGACAGAUGGGAACGCUACAGACAUGGCGCAAAGCCUACGGUGCCCUCAAAGAUAGCACCAAAGUCGGACUCGCCCAUGUCAAUAGCGAUUUCAAGGAUGUGGACGUUGCGAUCGUUAAAGCCACGAACCACGUUGAGUGUCCACCCAAAGAAAGACACCUCAGGAAGAUUUUUUCUGCCACGUCAGCGAUUCGAUCUCGAGCCGAUGUUGCAUACUGCAUUCAUGCGCUUGCGAGGCGAUUGGCCAAGACCCAUAAUUGGACGGUGGCAUUAAAGACACUGAUAGUUGUCCAUAGGGCUUUGAGGGAGGGAGACCCUACUUUUAGAGAAGAACUUCUGAAUUUCCAACAAAGAGGACGCAUUCUCCAAUUGUCUAAUUUCAAGGAUGAUUCAAGCCCUAUUGCUUGGGAUUGCUCUGCCUGGGUUCGUACAUAUGCACUGUUUUUGGAGGAACGACUUGAAUGCUUUAGGAUUCUGAAAUAUGAUAUUGAAGCUGAGCGUCUCCCUAGACCUGGCCAAGCUCAGGAGAAGGGCUACAGCAGAACUAGGGAGCUGGACAGUGAAGAACUGUUGGAGCAGUUACCCUCUUUGCAGCAGCUGCUGUAUCGUCUCAUUGGAUGCAGGCCUGAAGGAGCAGCGGUCGGCAAUUACGUAAUACAGUAUGCCCUGGCUCUGGUACUCAAGGAGAGUUUUAAGAUUUAUUGUGCAAUUAAUGAUGGAAUCAUCAAUCUGGUUGAUAAGUUUUUUGAGAUGCCAAGACAUGAAGCAAUCAAAUCCCUAGAUGUAUAUAAACGAGCUGGACAGCAGGCUCGGAGCCUUGCUGAUUUUUAUGAAGUUUGCAAAGGUUUGGAACUUGCUAGAAAUUUCCAAUUUCCUGCUUUGAGAGAGCCUCCAGAGUCCUUUCUUGUAACCAUGGAAGAAUAUAUUAGAGAGGCACCGCGGAUGGUUUCCGCCCCUAGAGAGACAUUGGAAUAUCCAGAAAGGCUCCAAUUGACGUAUAAACCAGAAGAAGUUUCUCCUGAAGAUGCAGCAGUAUCCAUUGAUGAACCUAUGCCACUUCCUUCAGAGGAUGUUUCUAUGUCGGAUGGUGUGGUUUCUCCCCAUCCCCCUCCUCCUCCAACCAACUUGGAUACUGGAGAUCUGCUGGGAUUAUCUGUCACCACACCUGAUGCAUCUGCAAUUGAAGAAAGCAAUGCUUUGUCUUUAGCCAUUGUUCCGUCUGGUACUACUGCUUCAUCAUUUGAUUCUGGUGCUGUUCAAGCAAGAGAUCUGGAUCCUACUGGAUGGGAACUUGCCUUGGUCACCACAUCUAGCAGCAACGCCUCUUCUGUUAGUGAGAGGCAACUGGCUGGUGGAAUGGACUCGCUCACUCUGAAUAGUUUGUACGACGAAGGUGCAUACAGAGCCUCUCAGCAGCCCAUGUACGGAAGACCAGCCCCAAAUCCAUUUGAAGUCUCAGAUCCAUUUGCUUUUUCUAACAAUGUCGCCCAUCCUCAAGCAAUGCAAAUGGCAACAAUUGAUCAGCAGCAGAACAAUCCUUUUGGUCCAUACCAACCUGCCUAUCCGCAGCCACAGCAGCAACAUUUGAUGAUGAGCCCACAAAAUCCCUUUGGCGAUGCUGGGUUUGGAGCAUUUCCUGCUAAUGCUGCUGCUCAUCCACAAGCAAAUAAUCCAUUCGGAAGCACAGGCCUUCUUUAACUACAUGUUGGAACAUCUAAAAUAGUGUAAUGUACCUGGGCAUUGUUGAUUUUGGUGUAUUGAGAGGUGAGUUGAAGCAGCUUGUGGCGUUGUGUAUUCCAAUCUUUAUAGCAUAGAUGAUUUCAGAGCUUGAAUCAUAUAUUUUUUUGUACAAGAUAGCGCUUUGAUAAUGAAGAUGAAACAAUUUCGGUUA